GUUGUUAAAAAUGUAACAGAAAAAAACGAGACCAUGUUGAAUUUUGUUUUGCUUAACCAUGUUGCUUAGCUAUGUUGGAACUUUAAAAAAACAUUGCACCACCAUAUUAAUCCUCUGACCACUUCUUUGACAUUUAUGUUCAUCUUUGACCUUUUUCUCUUCUUGUCUUUUACAAGAUUCACUUCUGCCUCCGAGCAGUGGUUUAUCUCUAAAUGCCUAGAUUAUUUAAAAUGGAUAUGUGAAGGAGCCACAUAACCUUUCAACCGAAGCUCGUGCACGUGCACGCACGCAAACACCUGAGGUGCCAUCUUCCCAACUCUUUGAGUUGGCAGAUUUGUCAUCUGCAGCAUCCCUUGUUGCUGCCCGCUGUGACGAAGAUGGAAACAACGGAGGGACCCUCGUCAUCCUAAGAGCUUCGAUAUCAGCGCGCGGUGCGCGCUCUCGUUCGCAGUCAGACCGACAACCUGCGGCCGCUGCGCACACACGGUCAAACCAGCAGCACCGCGGAGGAUGUCUGGAAUCUCUGGGAAUUUGGAUUGCAAUGAGUGUUUUAAUCCUUCACAUUCGUCCAACAGCUCUGACUCUCACUCGCACUCUACCAUGGAUGCGGAUGAGGAACUUUUGAAAUACAUCUGGGGAGAGUACUUACACCCAAAGCAAUAUGAAUGGGUUCUAAUUGCAGCUUAUAUUAUAGUAUUCAUCGUCUCGCUGGUGGGAAAUUCGCUUGUUUGUUUUUCAGUGUGGAAAAAUCGCCACAUGCGCACAGUGACCAACUACUUCAUCGUGAAUCUCUCCUUUGCGGACGUUUUGGUCACCAUCAUCUGCCUGCCUGCCAGUCUUGUGGUUGACAUCACGGAGACAUGGUUCUUCGGGAACACACUCUGCAAAGUUGUCCCUUAUCUUCAGACUAUCUCUGUUUGCGUGUCAGUUCUGACACUGAGCUGCAUCGCCCAGGACCGUUGGUAUGCGAUCUGUCACCCGCUCAUGUUCAAGAGCACAGCCAGGAGGGCUCGCAAGAGUAUUGUUGCCAUCUGGGUUGUGUCGUGCAUAAUCAUGAUUCCUCAGGCCAUUGUGAUGGAGUGCAGCAGUCUGCUGCCUGAACUUACAAACAAGACCAGGCUGUUCACAGUGUGCGAUGAACACUGGGGAGAUGAGAUCUACCCAAAGAUUUAUCACACCUGCUUCUUCAUUGUUACCUACUUUGCACCUUUGUGCCUCAUGGUUCUGGCGUAUAUUCAAAUAUGCCACAAGCUCUGGUGCCAGCAGAUUCCCGGAAACACAUCAGUGAUUCAGAGGAAAUGGAAGUCUAUUCAGUGUUCGGCUCCAAGCGCGGCUCUCGGAGAGGCGGCGAGGGUCAGGACCAGCACGGUCUGUGCAGAGAUCAAGCAAGUCAGAGCCAGACGCAAAACAGCUCGCAUGCUGAUUGUGGUGCUCUUUGUUUUCGCUCUGUGCUACUUACCAAUCAGCAUCCUCAAUAUUAUGAAACGAGUUUUGGGCUCCUUUAAGAACACAAAUGAUAGAGAGACAGUGUAUGCAUGGUUCACCUUCUCACACUGGCUCAUAUAUGCGAACAGUGCAGCCAAUCCCAUCAUCUAUAACUUCUUGAGUGGGAAGUUCCGCGAGGAGUUCAAAUCAGCCUUCUCAUGCAGAUGUUGUGGCCAACGGCAAAUUCAGACAAAAAGGACGACGACCAGAGCCAGCGUGGACAGCAAAAAGUCUAUGUCAACUCAGCUUAACAACAUGGACAAUCUGUCUCGCGUGUCAGAGCAGAUCGUUUUGUCUUGAAAUGCAGACCUUGAUUCCUACGAACUAUAAAAAAAAAUGAAAUAUCUUAAUUUUAAAUGUCUAACUUUGUUCAAAAGAUGAAUUUAAAAAGAUUGAUUUCUGACUUGAACGAAAAAAUAAAAGAUGAGCUCAGUAACAACUGGUUAAAAAAUAUUGUUCAGUGCUGUACAGUGCAGUAUGGCUUUCUGCUUUCUCCGUAUGAUUAAUUUUGUUUUAAUAACAAUAUUGCAAAUUGAAUGUAUUCAUUGAUUUUUGUGAGGUUUUACCGACAAGCAGAUGUUAAAUCUUUGUGACAGUCUGAUGUGUUUUAUUUAUUUAUUUUGGUUCAUUUUUUAAUCUUAAAUUCCUAUUAAUGUGGGAAGAAAUGCACCAAAGGCAUGUGAAUGUUGGUACUUUGUACAGGCUUUAUUUUUUCUGUGAAAAAAUUCUAGUUUUUUACAGAAAUAUCAUCUAAAAAAAAAUGAACAACAGUCAAUUUUUCUGAACGGUUAUGUACGCAGUUCCUGAUAUCCCGGGAAUUUGUAUGCAACUAUACAGUUUUAUGCAAAACUUAUGGGGGGAAAAAUCAUAUUACGAUACCUGCUUUGAUGAAAUUACUGGUUAUUAGAUUGAAAUAAAUGGUAAUUACUUCCAUUGUUACAUAUAGAUUUAGCAACAUUAUCUUUUCUCGUGUCACAGAUGCAAACAUUUUCAGACAGCCUUGUGUCUAUGAAAAGAAAGUUUGAAAGUGUACAAAUAAAUUAGAUGAGGAAAAAGAAGGAAGAGAUAGCCAAAACGUUAAAAUAAACCAAAUGUUUUUGUCUGUUUUAGAGGGAUUAGUAGUUUUUUUUUCUUUCCAAACCUUUACAGCAACCAAACACUUUAAAGAAUCACUCCGAUCAUCUUUUUGAUAAAUUUUGAUAAUGUCAGGUUGGGUGUGAGGGGCUGUUAGCUGGUGGGAGAGUGUGUAAACAAAUAGCUCUCAUCUAUGGGUGAUUUUGAAGAGGGGAAGGGGUUUCUCUGUGCCAACAGUCCUGUCCACAACUCAAAGAUUCAUUUCUAAUGAACUAGUGCUGUUCUGCAGAAACUAUGUCCUAGAAAAUUACAUUUUUUUGGUCUUGAAGUAAUAAUAAUUAAAAGACCAGCGGAAACACUUUAUAAAUAGAUCAAAAAGGUGAUCAGAGUGGGACUUUAAUGAAAAUAGUUAGUACUUGUAAGAGUUCUCUCCAUCUUUUGUUACUGCAGGUAAAUCUAUUGAUUUAUGGUGAUGUUGAUAAUGCUUGGAAGCUGUGCAGCUGUACUUUGGCAGUUUUAGGCCGAAAUUAUCUUUGUGGUGUUAAAAGAUGAAAGGUGAUAAUCCUGCCAUACCCGCUAUGGUUGCAGCACUUUUGGAGCAGAGGUGUCAACUGUCCAGACCUGGAUCUCAUUAUUAUUGUCCUUUGCAACCUUUACUGUUUAUAGAGACAAUCUCAUAAAUUCACAUUCAGUGAAUUCUUUUUGGGGCAAAAAUGUAUUUGCUCGUAAACCAGGUUUAUGGUAAAAGCUGUUAAAGCUCUAUAUUUUUCUCAAAAUAAAUAAAUACAAUCGGUGGAAAAUGUGCAGUUUAAGGGACAAAAAGAAAAUAAUCCCAAUUUUUACACAUUUUUGCAUUUAAUACAAACAAAUGGCACAACUAUUAAUAAAUCAAAGUACAGCCAGAGUAACAGUCAGCUUCUUCUUUUGCUGCUUACAAAUAAAAGCAAGAAUCUCUCCUUAAAUACGAAGAAAUAAGACACAACAGGAAAGGUGCAAUGAUGUGAGAAUAAUGGAAAACCAAGAAUCCUAUAGUCACUCUGCCUAAACAUUCUGCACUGGAAAAAAAGUGAUUUUUUUCCUGUUUCAUUGAUAUUAAGAAUUGUCUGUCUUUCCAUUAAAAAUGUUCUUUUUAACCUUUCAUCUUCCCACUACCCCAGUC